CUUGCUUGUUGCUGGCAGCAGCAUCAUAACUUUUUUCUUUUUCAAUUGUCCAGUUACCAUAUUCAGAAGGCGCUGGUCCCUUUAAUCUCUUCUUCGUGUGCAUGUAAAAUUUGUUGCACGUGUCAAAACGACAACCACCGAACAACCUUCCCACUUUCUUGUUUCCAAAUGAUCAUUGCAAUAAGUAUAGUCAUCGCGCUUGCUCUAGCCACUUGGCAAUGGCUACAUUCUACUAUUGAACCUGCACCAUUCGGUACCAAAACCUACGAGUCUCAAUGGUCGACUUUAAUCAACACCAUGAUCCACGACGAUUUGCCUGCUUGGGUGCCGACUUGGUUUCGAGUGUAUGCAAUUGGCGUUGUAGACACCGUAGCAACUGUAUUAUGGAAGCGUAUAAUUGAAGCAAACACUGCUGAGCAACUUGUUCGUACCUAUGCCACUAGCAACAAUAAAGUUAAUAACAACAGUCGAUUAUGUAUCAUCACUGGCGGCGAUUCAGGCAUAGGAUUGGAAGUUGCACGAGGAUUACGAGAAGCUGGACUUCGAGUGAUCAUUGCAUCACGUACUGCUGAACAUGCACAGCAAGCAAAAGCCCACUUGGGAGACGACGUGGAGUGUUUGACAGUGGAACUGACAUCAAUUAAGAGCGUCCGGCAAUUUGCUGCCAAAGUUAAAAGGAUGGUGCCCAAGGGUGGCAUUGAUAUUCUCAUAAAUAACGCAGGUAUCAUGAACACACCAUGUCAUAUCACAUCCGAUGGAUUCGACGCCCAAUUUCAAACAAACUGUCUGUCACCAUUCUACCUGUCAUUACUAUUGUUGCCAUGGAUGAACAAAAAACAAGGUCGGAUCCUAUUCGCAGCAAGCUCCACACUCUAUGCCGCCUCACCCGAUCUCGAUCUAUCGUUGGCUCGGAAGGAAUAUGGAUGGGAUGGGCUGACCCAUUAUGCACACAGCAAACUGUAUAUUUCAGUGCUUAGUGAAAUCCUCGGCCAACAUUUGCGUGAUAGUCACGGCAACGUCCAAGUUUUCUGCUAUCAUCCAGGAGCAGUGCGAACAAACCUGUUUUCACAUACCACCUUGUUUGCACUACCCAUAUCAUCCCAUGUCUUUGAUUUCAUUAUGCUCACACCAAGUGAAGGCGCUAUUACUCCAUUGUAUUUGUGUCUUGCUCCAGCUUCAAAAUUAUCAGCAGCAAGGGGGACAAAGCCAAGAGAAUCAGGUGGAUAUUGGUCAAGUACAGUGAGGCAACCCGUUCCUGGAUGUAAGAAUGUCGAGAAGGCAUGGAAGGCGGCUCUUGAUUUUUGCGGUCUGACAAUUCCCGAGGCGGAAGCACUGAUCCGCGCAUGAAAGGAUACACGCUUACUACUUUUAUCUAUCAUUGAUACUUUGUAUACCUGUAAUCUGUAAUACUACUAUUAUUACUAUCACAUACUACAUACCAAUAGUGACACACUGUCUGCAAGAUA